GGGGUUUCAUUGUUAUGAGAGAGAAACAAGAACGUUUCAAUUUCUGUUCUGGCCUUCUAGGGCUUUCCCAUUUCUCAUUCUCUGACAAGCUCUGUGAAAAGUAAAACACCAAAAAGAAGAAAAGCAGAGUAGAGAAGAGGUUAUAGCAUUGGAAUCAAUGGCGACGACAGGCCAGCAAAAGCAACAAGAGCAAGAAGAGAAGCAAACAAUAGAAAAGAGAAAGCCAGUGUUUGUGAAAGUGGAUGAGCUAAAGCCAGGGACCAACGGUCACACCUUAAUCGUCAAGGUCUUGUCCUCUAACAUGGUCCUUCAAAAGGGUCGAGCUGCUUCUCAACAUCUCCGCCAAACCCGCAUCGCUGAGUGCCUUGUUGGAGACGAGACCGGCACUAUUCUCUUCACUGCUCGUAAUGAUCAAGUGGACUUGAUGAAGCCAGGUGACACUGUGAUUCUUCGAAAUGCAAAGAUUGAUAUGUUUAAGGGUUCUAUGAGGCUGGCUGUCGACAAAUGGGGCCGGAUUGAGGUCACUGAUCCUUCUAACUUUGUUGUUAAAGAAGAUAACAAUCUAUCUCUUGUCGAGUAUGAGUUGGUUAAUGUAGCUGAAGAAUGAUAGAGACUGCGUGGACCGCAGUGACUGGAUACCGAAGGAGUUCUUAUGAAGUGGCCUGAUGAUUCUUGUUUAAUCUUCAUAAUGCUGGUGAGAUGCUAUUACGGUACAAUUUUCAUUGUGAAAAGUGUUGGGUUUGGUAUACAAAUCUUGCUGAUGGUUGGUCAUGCUGCUUUAUACUUUUAACAUCUAAUGGUUUAAUUUAGUACUAGUUGGAUAUGUAGAAUGCUAUUUCUUUCUUGUGAUCAAAUUGCGUUUGGAUAUUAAGUGUUGAUAGUAAAAUCCUUCUCUAUUGUGUUUU